AAUGUCCAAAUACAAGGAUUUGGUGCAGCUAUCGACGACCUACGCGCGACGGAUGAAUCACCUGUCGAACCGGAUCUUCGGCGAGGUGACCCGACCCACGAAUCCCCAAUCGAUGAAAGUGGUGAAAAUGUUCAGCGAAGAACCGAUUCAGUCCCGAGAUUACGUGAAGAACUGGUACCCAAGGCACGUGGAAACGCACCUGCUGGCAAGGAAACUUCGGGAGUACGGUUUAUUCCGGGACGAACAUCAGGAUUUCAAGGAAGAAAUGAAAAGGCUACGAGCACUGCGCGGUAAAGCUCCUCCCAAGAAGGGCGAAGGAAAACGCGCUAAGAAAUAGUUUGUGUGUUUUUUUAUAGGAAAUAAAAGAGCUCGUAAAUAGUAAGACUAAAAUCUUUAUUUUACAAUUUAAGUAGUACAAAUCCAGCCAGAAUUGAUUCUGUUCUUUUCAAAUAAAU